GCCAUCGGAUUCCACACUUCCUCCUCUUCUCCCUUCCUGGCCAUUCAUUUUUCCUCGUGGGGGGAGGAAGCAACCGAGGGUGGCUGAUCCUCGCCCGCAGGAUGUCAGCAGUGGCUUACAUGGACUUCGUGGCUGCCCAGUGCUUGGUGUCCAUCUCCAACCGCUCCGUGGCACAGCAAGACGUGGCCCGGGAAGCGGAGCUCCUGAAGAUGCCCGAGGAAGAGGAAGAGGACGCCGCUGCCGCCGCCGCCGCCGCCGUCGUGACCAAGUCCCUUUUCGACCCCAGGGACGCCUGGAAGGAUUAUUGCACUUUGGUGACGAUUGCCAAAAGCUUGCUGGACCUGAACAAAUACCGACCUCUCCCGACCCCGUCCAUCUGCAGUGACAGCGUGGAAAGCCCCGACGAGGACGCGGGCUCCGACAGCGACGUGACCACCGAAUCUGGGUCGAGCCCUUCCCACAGCCCGGCGGCCGAAGGAGCCGAGGCGGGCGGCGUGGCCGACCCCCUCGCCCUGCUGCACGGCGGAGGGCCUGCCAAAGGGAAGCUGGCCACGGAAAAAAGACACAAGUGCCCCUACAGUGGCUGUGGCAAAGUCUACGGGAAGUCGUCCCACCUGAAAGCCCACUACCGAGUGCACACAGGUGAACGACCAUUCCCUUGCACAUGGCCAGAUUGCCUUAAAAAGUUUUCCCGCUCCGAUGAGCUUACACGGCACUACCGAACCCACACUGGGGAGAAGCAGUUUCGAUGCCCCCUCUGUGAGAAGCGGUUCAUGAGGAGUGACCACCUGACAAAGCAUGCUCGGCGCCAUACCGAAUUCCACCCCAGCAUGAUCAAGCGAUCGAAAAAGGCCAGCUCUGCCUCCUUUUGAACGACAGACUGCAACUGGAGGAGGUGGAGUAGGAGGUGCCCCCUCUUGCAAAAGGCGUAACUGAUCAGCACAAAAACGUCCACCACUGUACAGUGAUAUUCCCCUACUUACAUUUUAAAGCACAUGUAGCUGGAAGUUAAAAGAUUUAACAUUUCUGUCCCAUCCACCCUGCUAUGCUACCAACAACAGUCUUAAAUCAGUGGCUGAUGGGUGGGAGUGGGGAGGGGGGGCCGUGUGGGGAUCAGCAGAAAUAAUGCAACUUUUUAUAUAAAGAAUCAACACUGGUGUAUAUAUGUCUGACUGGGUGGUUUGACCUGUGACACCACAGUAGUGAUUCCAAGCUCUUUGUGAUUGCUGUGUCAUGGACAUGUUUUGUUGACUAAUGUAAUGCUGCUUGUAUUUGAAACAACAACAAAACAAAAAAAACACACAAAAAUGAGUAAAACCACUUUCCGUCUCACCUCAGUAUUUCCAUAAACCAGGCUCCAUGGCACAUUGCUAGAAGGUUCACUUCUCUUCCUCAGUAAUUCAUCCUGUUCAAGACUGUUAAGAAAAAAAAACAUUACAUCUGUUGUUCAUAUUGCCUGAUUGGUAUACAAAAAUGAAAACACAAUGAAAGAACGAAGCUGAAAUUUAUACAGAAGGAGACCUGUUCAGUGUAAUCAGGUCUUUUUUUUUUUAAUGAGCUACACUUUUGAAUAUAAGCUACGCUUUUUUUCACAGAAAAGAUGCAUACAAACCAAUCACCAAGCAAAAAGGAAAACAAGGAAUAAGCCCGUAUCACACAUACGUGGCUCUGCAAUUUACCUGCCAUUGGUGGAAAAUAACAACACCACAAGCCACCCUGAAGAUUCUGGCAGAAGUGUGAGAUCAAAACAUUUUUUUCCUCUUUCAGCUGUUCCUAGACUUUCAUCUGAGAAUUGUAUACCGUACUGUACUAUAUGAAUACCACUAACAGUGCUUUAUUCUGCUGUGUUUUGUUGGAAUGAAUGCAUAACAGCAGCUACCAUCUUGAUAAGCUACCACUUUUCUAAAGGUUUUUCCCCCCCUUAGGACUGUCUCCCUCUCUCUCUCUCAAUGGUGCAUUUUCUUCGUCCACUUGCCAGAUUCCUGUAUCAGCCAAUGGGAACUAUGUGCAUUUAUGGAGGGAGCAGACCUGUUCCCCACCCACAAAGCAUUCUCUAUGAAAAUGGAGAUGACCAUUCAUUUUUAAAACCUACUUCUCAACAGACUUCUACCUUUUUUUCAUAAAUUGCAGCUGUUGUACAGAGUCUGGAAAGAAAACAACAAUAACAAUUAAGUAAUCAAAACUACCAUGCAGGAGGUAUGUAAAACUUUCAUAAAAAGCUUUGCCACUACGUACCUUGCAGUCUUACCCUCUGUGGCAGGUGUGACACAUUUAAUGAUAAUGGCAAUAUUUCAUCUGUUUAAAGCAGGAGCAAAUAGAUCUUUUGGGGGGUGGGGGGAACCUCUUGCAUCUAGCCAACCUGUCAUCUUUGUUAAUGUUAAACGCAUGACCCUUACAAAGGUUGUAAUGAUGGACUUUCCUUCCCCCCAUCUCUUGUUAUGGUGGAAAUUAUGUUUACAGACACCCCCAACAACCCCAGAAACAUUGUCCUAGUCUUUUGUUCUUUACUUCUCCUUCGCAUGAAGGAAGAAUAGGUGCAGCUGUCAUGGCUGCAUUGUGAGAUAUAUCUAUAUAUCUGUAGAUAAAUAAAUAGAUAUAUCCGUAUCUCUCACAGUGCAGCCAGUGGGAUUAUACCAGGAUCUAUUUGCCCCAUCUUUGUAAAGAAUCUGUACAUAUACAACUCUUGUAAAGUACACCUGCAAUGACAGUAUCUCCUUGUUUCACCUGAUUUUAAAAAAAAAAGCUAGCUUCCUAGAAAAAUAAAACAACAUCUCAGAGAGUAGAAUAUUCUACAAUCGUCCGUGGCUUCCAGCACUAGAACUCAGUAUGCAUCUUGCGUUUUUACCUAUGUGGUUCAUUAUAAAACCUGUCUAUGCGAAAAGAAUGGCUUCUAAAUAGAGGUGUUAGGGGCAAAGAACAAUCUAUGGCAUUUCAAAAGGAAAAAGGGAUGCGUUUUCUUCAGUGAAGACAUGUCAGGAAACCAAGCACACUUUCUACCUCCGUUUCAGCUUCUUGAAACGUUUGUUUUAUGAUAAACCAAAAUUAAUUUCUGGUGUCCAAAAUAAAUCGUAGGGACAUUUGUUCUUCCUUAUAAAAGUAGAUAGCCUCGCUAUUUCUAUCGCUGUCAUAUAAAAAAUAUUCUGCUUUACCAGUACUGUUAAUGCUGCCUUGUUUGAUUAGGGUGAGGACCAUGUGGUAGACCAGCAGCUCCCAAAAAAUACACGUUAUUCUAACUGUCCUCCCCUUCUCUGUGAGACCAGUUCUUCAGAGCAUAAACUCUCGGGGAAACCCUAUCAAUUCAACAGUCACUGGAGCUAUACUGUUGCUCUGAGGAAAGCCAAGUGCAGUGUUAACUGAAUAAAGUCGGGAUGCUGAAUGAAGUUACUUCAUCUUUACUAUGAAGCAAGGUAGAGGCACAUGAAUGACACCUCCUUCAUAGAGAAUCAAGUCACACAGGCACAUGAAAAGCUCAGGUGUGGUGACAGGGUGGUUAAGGCACUUAGCUUCCAGUCCCAUUGGAUGCAGUUUCACACUGCGUGGCUGCCUCCACCCCGCCUGGAGGUUAUACAAUUCUUCUAGCCCCGUAGACCUUGAAGGUCUAAGGGAGGCAGAGAUAAGCUUUGCCUUAACCAUGCCAAUCUAAAAGCCUGAGUUAAGACUUGGCUGUGCCCUAAAAUGCAUUUAUGCACAGCUUGUAGGCAGAAUAUAUUUUAAAAGAAA